CUCAUCUGUGACAAUGCAUGGAUGCUGGACCUCACCCAGGCCAUCCUGAACCUUGGCUUCCUGGCUGGAGCAUUCACCUUAGGUUAUGCCGCUGACAGGUAUGGCAGAAUAGUCGUUUACUUAAUAUCCUGUCUUGGUGUUGGCGUCACUGGUGUUGUGGUGGCUUUUGCACCGAACUUCCCUGUGUUUGUGAUCUUCCGCUUCCUGCAAGGUGUGUUUGGAAAAGGGACAUGGAUAACUUGCUACGUCGUUGUGACAGAAAUAGUAGGUUCAAAACAAAGGAGGAUUGUGGGAAUAGUGAUUCAGAUGUUCUUCACCCUGGGAAUCAUAAUUCUCCCUGGAAUCGCCUACUUUAUCCCCAAUUGGCAAGGGAUCCAGCUAGCCAUAACGCUGCCCAACUUUCUCUUCCUCCUUUAUUACUGGGUGGUUCCUGAGUCUCCUCGCUGGCUGAUUACCCGGAAGAAAGGAGAUGAAGCCCUACAAAUCCUGAGGCGCAUUGCCAAGUGCAAUGGGAAAUAUCUCCCGCCAGAUGACACAGAGAUCACUGUUACAGAUGAGGAAGUUAGUAAUCCAUCCUUUUUAGAUCUGGUGAGAACUCCCCAAAUGAGGAAGUGCACACUUAUACUUAUGUUUGCUUGGUUUACGAGUGCUGUGGUAUAUCAAGGACUUGUCAUGCGCCUGGGAAUUAUAGGAGGCAACCUUUAUAUAGACUUUUUCAUCUCAGGAGUUGUGGAACUGCCAGGAGCUCUCUUGAUCUUACUAACCAUCGAGCGUGUUGGACGACGUCUCCCCUUUGCAGCAAGCAAUAUAGUGGCUGGGGUGGCAUGCCUUGUCACUGCAUUCUUACCAGAAGGGAUACCAUGGCUGAGGACCACAGUGGCUACCCUGGGAAGAUUAGGGAUAACCAUAGCCUUUGAAAUUGUUUAUUUGGUAAAUUCAGAGCUGUACCCAACCACAUUACGAAACUUUGGGGUUUCACUGUGUUCUGGGCUGUGUGAUUUUGGGGGCAUCAUUGCCCCAUUUUUGCUCUUCCGGCUGGCGGCCCUGUGGCUGGAACUACCUCUGAUCAUCUUUGGUAUCCUGGCAUCUAUCUGUGGUGGCCUCGUGAUGCUUUUACCUGAAACCAAGGGUAUUGCCUUGCCAGAGACAGUGGAUGACGUAGAAAAACUUGGCAGUAGACAUUCUUAUAAAUGUGGCAAGAAAAAGAAAACUCAAGUUUCCAGCUCUCACCUUUGAGGCCCCUGCCAGCAAUGGAAGGAAGCGCUAUUCAGAAGCGGACCCUCUCUGCAAAGCUGUGCCUUGGACAGACUGCACAUGUUCACUUCUGCUA